UAGUAGCAGGUUUUUUUUUUCUUUUUGGCAUUUACGUCUAAACGCAAGGAAUUAAUUUAGAAAAAAAAAAAAUUGGAUGCCCGCCCGCCCGGCCGCCCGCCAAAUGGAGGGAAACUGCCCCUUGGGGCUUGGAGCUCUUCUAAAAAUUCUCGCCGGUUUAUUACCGGAUUCUUCCAGUCUCACCAUCUCAUUUUAUCUCUCGAUCUCGACUGCCACUCAAUCUUCUCGAGCACCACUACAAUUUUCUUGACCACCCAUCGCCCAUCCCCAAUCCUUCAACAGCUGUUGCUUACAGUAGAUCUAAAUUUUACAAUAGGGGUAAUUUUUGUUGUCAUUUCCAAUUAAAAGUUUAGGGUUUCUGAUAAAAUGCAGAUUUGUUUAUUACAGGUCUGUGUCAGUGAUAGCAGAUAGUUCGAUUGAGGAUUGUUUUCACAUAUCUUCUAUUCUAAAGUAGAUUUUUCGAUUUCCUUCAGGUAUGGUCUCUAAUUCUACAGUCGAACUUUCUAUUCUUUUUUUUUUUUUUUCUGAAAUUUCGUCUUUGUUUUUUGUGUUUCUUAGCUUGCAUUAUUUUGCCUCUUUUGAUUCUUUCAAUAACUAGUCUUUUGAUUACUGAGAAAAUGAAGGAUUAUUUCUAAGGAGAAAUGUUCCACACAAUGUGUUAGCCAAUGAUUGGCAGUAUUUAGUCCAUUGCUGGAAAUCUGGUGAUGGCAAGAAAAAGGAAGAAAAAUGCAAGAAGAGUUGGGCAAUGCAGAAGAUUACACAUACAAGCAGCAGUAAGAGCUUUGCCAUACUAUGAGAUGAAAUGGUAAAAUCCAAUUUCAAGUUUUUGAUGUUCUGAAUACCAUAAAAAGGCCUAGUACUUAGGAAAUUAUUUUGUUCUUAUGUAGGAAGAAAAAAAUGGUGGUGAGCCUGUGUGAGAGGUUGAUUUUUAUAUAGUUACUCACCUGAAUAAAGAGGGCAAAUAUGUUGAUGAAGAAGCAGAAAAUACAACGGGUGCUUCCAGUUGCUUUCAAUCUUGACUUGCAGCAUCUAGUAUCUAGCUUUACAAAAUAAAAGGCUGCAGAGCAUUUGAACGAAGGUAUACUUUUGUUUCUUUGACCUUUGUCAACCUCUUAUUCUACACCCAGAUUUAUCAGAACUCCUAAACUUAGGAAGGUUGU